AAGCUUUGUCUGACUUGAGAAGUGGUUUUGAUGAAGAGAUUUCUACUCGGAUAAAAGUCAAUUUAGUUGUUUUCUUUAGCGAUUAAUCCUAUCGAGUUUUACUCACGGAGUUUGGUAAAAACUUUAGGAGCAUGGCGGCGGUUACUGUUUCACCAGGACCGUCGGGAUCAGCAGGGACUCCAGACAGUGGGAAAGGGUCUGGAAGAAAGAGAAAAACAGGAAAUGGUAGAGAGUCUGAUGAUGAAGAUAGUCAAGGUGCAUCCUAUACAAACAGUGCUGACCAGGCAGACAAAGAUCGUUAUGCUAGUGGAAAAUCCAAAGCCAUGUUAGAGAGCCAUUGUGAAAUCGAGAGAAGACGAAGAAACAAGAUGACAGUGUACAUUAAUGAACUGUGUGACAUGGUCCCAACAUGUAGUACGUUGGCACGGAAACCAGAUAAACUAACGAUUCUGCGCAUGGCAGUGUCUCACAUGAAGACACUUCGAGGUACACAAGGUACUGGUAACACAAUGCAAGAUGGACAAUAUCGACCUUCCUUCCUCACAGAUCAAGAACUCAAACAUCUUAUAUUGGAGUCAGCUGAUGGAUUUUUAUUCGUUGUACAAUGUGAUACUGGACGUAUAAUUUAUGUUUCGGAUUCUGUUACACCUGUUCUUAAUCAAACUCAGUCUGAUUGGUUUGGUAAUGUUUUAUAUGAAUUGGUUCAUCCUGAUGAUAUAGAGAAAGUUAGAGAACAGCUUUCUACCACAGAAUCUCAAAAUACUGGACGCAUCCUUGAUUUAAAAACUGGUACAGUCAAGAAAGAAGGUCAUCAAUCAUCAAUUAGAUUAUGUAUGGGAUCUAGACGAGGUUUUAUUUGUCGUAUGAAGAUGGGAAGCGCUCACGUUGAUCCUGUAACAGCCACUCACACAGUACGAAUACGACAGCGCCAGACGUUGGGUCCGUCUCCAGAUGGAAAUCAUUAUUCUGUUGUCCAUGUCACUGGUUACGUUAAAAACUGGCCCCCAUCAGGUGUACAGAUGGAUCGUAAUGAAGGAGAUGAUCAAGGAGGCAGCCAUUGUUGUUUGGUAGCUAUUGGUAGAUUACAGGUAACCUCAACACCUAACUGUAGCGAUCUGAUGGGACCUAACUCUGCUACAGAAUUCAUCUCACGGCACAGUACUGACGGAAAAUUUACUUUUGUCGAUCAGAGGGUGACCCCAGUGUUAGGAUAUCAACCACAAGAUUUAUUGGGUAAACCAGCGUUUGAUUUUUAUCAUCCAGAAGAUCAAGCCCAUAUGAAGGAAACGUUUGAUCAAGUGUUAAAGUUGAAAGGUCAAGUGAUGUCAAUCAUGUACCGUUUCCGUGCAUCUAAUCGUGAAUGGGUGUGGUUACGAACCAGUAGUUUCAGUUUUCAGAAUCCCUAUACAGAUGAAGUCGAGUACAUAGUUUGUACCAAUACUUCAGCCAAAAGUGUCCAGCAGAGUUCAACUGGUCAAAGUUUGUCUGAUCCAUCCGCUGAACCCCAACCUACAAUCAACACCUAUCCUGCCCAGAGGACCUUGGCGCCAGAACAUAUAGGACUGCCAGGAACACCUCUAAAGUCAGAUUACAGAGUCCCAGAAAAUCCCCACUACGCUGAUGUCUAUCAUAUGGCAGGAAGAACAGUCCAACCUGACGUUUACGGAGCUUACCCACAGACAAUAAAAUAUCCGCCACAUUCUGCUUCAAACCCCAUGGGAUUGUCACAGGGUUCUGGUUCAGGUUCAUUGAGUAUGAGACGUAGUCCGGCACAGAGUGGUUGGGCUCCUCAAGGUCCCUACGCAAGAAAUGAGGGUACAACAGAUUAUCCAUCGUCAGGAAGUGCUACUUAUAAUCAAAUUAGUCCGAAUACCAGCUCACCUGGUAACCCUAACAUGUGGCCACAAUGGCAAGGUGCCCAGACUGACGGAAACCCACAGACCAACCCUCAAACUACGGCCACCCAGCCCCAGUCUAAUACAGAAGAAUUUGGUGAUAUGUUCCGGAUGUUGGACCAACCUGCCAGUGAAUUUACCGAUUUAUCCGGCAUGUUCAACACAUUUACAGAGUGAUGUGCUUGGGUUCCGUUCUGAUUUUGGUGCAUGCAUUUAUUGCUAUCAAAUUUGGUGCAUGUGCAUUUCAUGUCUAAUUUAUGUAUGUAUGUUUCUGCCUUUGUACUUAUGACGAAUGGGAAGUAUGACUCGAUACGUUUAUAAAACGUAUCUGAACGAAAGAGAAGAUAUUUGUAGUUGUUGUCUUUUUCCUUAUAAGCGUCGGUAUUGGUCAGUUUAUACGCUGUCGUAUAUUGGUUUAUCGAUAGCGAGUGAUUUAGGUCGAUCAUCGAUCGAAUCUCAGACGCAACUCUAAUGUCAAAAUGACUAUUUUGUUUUGUUGAACAUCAUAUUUUCAUCAUGGUGCUGGCCAGGGUAAGAGAAAGGGAAAUCAACACUUCUCCCAUAGUAUUGGAUUUAUUCCACGUUUUGUCGAAAAAAGAUUCCAAAAAUUGCGAAAGAAUUGGCAUAUGCUUUUGUAUACACCUACAUUAAAAUGUGGUCAUGUAUUGUUAUCAUUCGAGUGUGAUGAGCUUAUUUUAGUGCUUGGAUGAAUUUGCAGGUUGCAUGCAUGUUUUGAUUCCUGGCAACCUAUCUUUGAUAAAUGCAAUCAUAUGUAAGAUUUAUUGUUCAUUGAUUUGAUUUACAAUUUUUGACUUUUUUUCUUUUAAUACCAAAGUUUUUUUUGUGCCAUUCCACUUGAAAUGACAAGACCUUUAAGAAAUUUUUAGUCUUAUGUCAAUCUUUUUAAAUAUAUUUUAAAUGAUUACUAUGAAGAGUUACUCCCCUUCCCUAUUGAAUUAUAAAUGAAUAUAUUUGUAUAAUUCAGUUUUUGAUAGAAAAUAAUUUUACCCUUUCUGAAAACCCCAAAGUAAAUUGUCAUUCAUUUACAAACCAUUAAUGUUUAGAGUAGCGUCAUAUUGUUAUGAUCGAUUCCGCGAUCCACAUCAUCAUCUGAUGGACCUCCAUUAUUAGUCAAUCUGAUUCAAAUACAGAUCUAUAUUUCGUUUCGUUCUUUUAUAUUUUUGAUCGUAGCCUACAUUACAUGAAGAUCUGACAAGUUGAAUAGGAAGGUCGUGUCAGGGGUUGUACGACCGGCUUUUGACCCUAUGACGUCAGACAUUGAUUAAUCAAUCAGCAUUGAUGUUUCUAGUGGUUUACCAACAGUUCCAUGCAGGAAAUGCCAAGAAAACGCUGUAACGGGUGUUUUCAUUGGCUAAUCCCUAACUUCGGCCAAAACGCGGGUUAUAUGACAAGUCGUCCAAAUCCUAAUGUAGUAAAGGCAAAUAAAACGAAAUUUUGAACUAUAAAAAACGAAACGAAAUAGUAUCUGUUUUAAUCAGAUGGAUUAUUGGUAUAAUGUUUAUGAUUUUGUUAGUUAAAGCAUUAUUGAUGAUAUUCAAAUUAGUACUCAUGCUGUACAUUUGACUAAAUGUAUUUAACUCCACUGAUCGUCAUUUGGAUAAUAUUUAAAUUUUUAUACUUAAUCCAUGCUAAAAUAUAUAUAUUAAAGAUACAUUAUGGGAGAUUAGAUAUAGAGCUGGCAGUUCUCACUAUAAUAGUUGAAAACUAAAUACUGUAAAGGAAAUUUGCUGAAAAUUUCAGUCAAAUUGAUCCACUAUGAACCAAGAUUUUUCGCCUAGCCUCAAUCAUCAUUACUAAAGUCGGUAGGAUAAAAAACAUAGUUAUGAUUAUCCAUUUCAUGAUUAAAUUAUGAAUGGAAGUUGAACAGCAAAUCGGAACCUAAUGUAUAGCUCUUGCAUAAUGUAUAUUUAACAUUUAUUGCGGCACUGGCUUAUGUAUGUCGUCUGCUGAGGAUGUCCAAGGUUUUGGAGCAUUUUCCAUUAAUCAUAUCUUUGUAAAUACUGAACGGAAUUGAACCAUUUUUGGACAGAUAUUCUUUUUAUAACCCAUAUUUCAUAAUCCUGUAAUGGCAAGGGAUUCCAAGUCCUUAUAAUGAUGAUCGGGGGUAUGGAUGGUCGAAUGGUUAAUACAUGCGCGUGAAAUCACAAGAUCUGUCAUUGAGUCAACUGCCGUGGGUUUCAAUUCACCGCUGAACAUGAUAAAAGAACAGUAUCGCCUGUCCAACCUUGUGACUUUUCUCCGGGUCCUCCCAUUUCCUCACACUGCUAAAGACCCCUACACGCAAUUGAAUUAUUGAAAUAAAAUUUAACCAUAUGUUAGUCAAGAAAGGACCUAGUUUGUGUCAAGUGGAUGUUAAACCCCGUUUCUGUAUAAUGAUGAUCAGUGGUUAUAGUAAAGAAGUUUUAUAUAGUAUGAGGGCUUUAAUGAGUUAUAAUCUCUCAUAAUCAUUUAUUUGUCAGUGAAAUGUACAUUUUUUAAAAAAAGGAAUUCACAAAAAUGGAGAAAAAAAAAACGUUUAAGAAUUGUUCUAGAAAUGUAAUUGUAAAAUCUUUCAUUUAUACUUUUUACCGGUAUGUUGUUUUAAGAAUAAAACAUUGGUUAUUAUGAUUGUGUUUUGGGUCAUUCCAUGUCUAAUGGACCAAAAAUUCGCAGAUAGUUGUCAGGUGACCCCUCAGAAAAUUAUGAAAAAAAAUAUGUUAUAGUACAUACAAACUUAUGUAAAAGUGCAAAGUUGUAUGACUCUAGCAUUGAUAGUGACUGGAUAUGUAUGACCUUUUGAAUUGGGUCUACCCAAUAUUCUGUUAUUCAGUUUUGGUAUGAUACAAAACUUUGUAUGUACUAUAACAUAUAUUUUUUUUUGUAAUAUUCUGAGGGGGUCACCCAGCAAGCACUGGUCUACUUGACAUAGAAUGACCCUUUUGUGACAGAUACAACCCCACAGAUUUCUAGAGUUUCUUUUUGAAUCUGUAGUUAAAAAUGCAUUAUGUAAGAGUUACAUCUGCCUUUUUUUUUCUGGUUUCAAAUGUUAUAUAAACUAUUAUUUAGACAUUUAUUCACAUAAGCCCAUAAUCAAUUUUCUAGACCAUCCGAUGGCAGAUCUAAAUGGAUUAGAACACCUGCGAGAUUUAAAAAUUUUACGAUAAAAUGGAUAAUCAAUACUUAGUCUCGUUUGUUCAGUAGCGUUGCUAUGAUAAACAAUCAAAGCUACUUCUUCCAUAUAUUUCCAUAUAUUGAUUUUGCAUUAUCUAUUUUCGAACUAUUAUAGCAAAAAUAGCCAGCUCUUUAUCUAAAUCUUACAUCUUUAAAGGGCAUUACGGGAGAUUAGAUUAAGAGUUGACAACUCUCGCUAUAAUAAUUAAAAAAUAGAUAACAUAAAUAAAACAUGCUGAAAAUUUCAGUCAAAUUGCUCCACUCUGAACCAAGAUAUUAGCUUUUGAAUUUUAGAAUGGCCUCGAUCAUUAUUAAAGUUUUUGUUAUCUAUUUUUACGUUUAAUUAUUUUUCAAAAAAUGGAUUCCAAUCUGCUAAAAAUCGCAGGCUAGCGAUGGCGUCAAGAGUUGAUUAUGGUCUGGAUAAGUUAAUUAAUGUCUAUUUAAUAAUUUAGAUAACAUUUCGGACCUAAAGAAAGACCUGCAAUGGGUAGAUUUAGCUCUUGCAUAUUGUAUAUUUAAGUUUUAUGGUUUUGUUUUAUUUUUUUAAAUCCUGGUUUUUACAAGUCAGAAUAUCAAUAUAUCAUUUUCUUGUGUUUUGUUCAAGAAGCGAUUUAUUAUAGAGAAGUCUAUAUUAUCAUUGUAAUUGUAAAUAUUUGAUUCUAUAUUAUACAGUAUAUAUUAUAUAUAUUUUAUGUGAUGAAACCAUUAAUUAUAAUGUAUUGUGUCUUAUAUCAGCAAAUUGUAUGGUCAAUUGUAUGAAUGUGUUUUAAAUUGAAUUUGUCAAAAUGAAUUUGUUAUGGAGUUAUUCGAAGCAUUCAGACUCUGUCGUCUAUGAAUAACCCAUAUUAUCUCAUGUUGACCUAUAUACUGGUUAUCUCGUGUUGACCUAUAUACUGGUUAUCUCGUGUUGACCUAUAUACUGGUUAUCUCUGUUGACCUAUAUACUGGUUAUCUCUGCUGACCUGUAUAUUGGUUAUCUUUGACCUAUGUACUGGUUAUCCCGUGUUGACCUAUAUACUGGUUAUCUCCCAUUGACCUAUAUACUGGCUAUCUCCUGUUGACCUAUAUACUAGUUAUCUCAUGUUGACCUAUAUACUGAUUAUCUCAUGUUGACCUAUAUACUGAUUAUCUCUGUUUACCUAUAUACUGGUUAUUCCAUGAUAUUCUACUACUUCCAGGGCUGGAUUAAGUUUGCAUGAGGCACCUGGCUGAAAAUGUCACUGGGGCCCUUACAUCAACAGUGGAAAGGCCAUGUUAGAGUAUGGUUGAAAGAUGGAUUUAUUUGGUACAAAGAUAUACGACAUCUUAAAUGACAUAUUUAUUUAUGGUACAAAUUUUUUUUUUAGAACUAAUUACGGGCCCCUUCUAUAUUGGGGCUGCCUUCAAUAUUGGGACUGCCUUCUAUACUGGGACUGCCUUCAAUAUUGGGACCGUCUUCUAUAUAGGGAGCGCCGUCAAUAUUGGGGCCCCGGUCUAUAUAGGGGUCACCUCGCUGCAGCCUAGUCAGCCUCCUUCUUAUUCAGACCCUGGAUACUUCAGUCUAUGGAUACAACAUCUCAUGUUUUCUUUUAUUAUUUAUGAACACUUCAUUUCACACUAUUUAAAGUUUUAAAUCUAGUCAACGCAAGGUUCUCUCUCUCUCGCUUUUGAAAUGCACAAUCAGGUACAUUUGGUUUUUAAAUAAGUCUUUUUCCAGAAAAAAUAAUUGGGAAAAUGUUUAGCGUUGGUCCCGAAGAGCAAAGAAUCGAAUGAAUGUGGCUUGAUCGACUUGUUCGGAUAAAAUGAUUCUCCUUGUUUCUAUUGGUCUUUCUAAUAUCCCAAUCAUAUUCAAUAGGGCUUUUGGUUUUCGACUGGUCUCGAAACUGUUGAGUUCUUCCUUUGGUACCUCAUCACUUCGAUAUCCCACACCUUCAAUCUAAGGUACCUUUCUGAUUUUACAAAAGCGAAGAACAUUUAAUGUAUGAAACCAAAUUUAACCAUUAUAUUGGCGUUUAUGAUAAAAUCUAUGUUAUUGAUAGUACCUCUAUUAAAGGCAUGUGAUUAAGUAUCAUAAAGUAUUUUAAACAAUAUUUUCCUAAUGAUGUCUCUAAAUGAUUUUAAAUUAAAACAGGUAGAGGCCAGAGGGAUAAGAUUUAUGUUAGUGAUAAAAGUAUUUUACAUACCUUGAUCUGAAAUAUAUCAUUAGUACCCUAAUAUAUCAUUUUUAUACACCCAUAUUUUCAUAUGGAUGUAUAUUGUUGUCGCCCCUGUCCGGUUGUCCGUUCACAUUUUGUUUGUAGACACGCUUCGUCCAUUUUUGAUGAAAAUUAAAACCUAUGUUUAUAUCUGAAAGAUCUCCGUUCCUUUUGUUGGACUGUAACAUCCUGGAUUAUAUAUCCCCUUAUUGUACGAAAAUCGCAUUUUUAACUUGAUCUCUGUCCAUCUUUUGCAACAUGUGGGUGUAUCUUGCAACCGCUUCUUGUAUUCUAAAACUAGUGCCAAGCCCACUUAAUGGUAUGUUAUGGAUCAAGCACACCAAUGAUAAAUGAAGGAUGAUGGUUAUAACAAGAUGGUGAUAAGAUAUGUGAAAUCAAAUGUAUAAUAAUGAUUUUGUUUUUUUGUGUAUAUUUGUUGUUUGUUUUUGUAGAAUGUAUUAUUAUAAUGAUAUACACAUGGUACUUUAUUAAAAUCACCAUAUCUUUAA